CAUUUGGUGGACUGCCAAGAAUUUCCCAUUCUGGUUUGAGGAAGUCCUCAUUGUUCCCUUCUCUGCUUGACUCAGCUAGUUCCACACUUGUUCUAAAGGUCUUUCACUCCAAGACACUACCUCUUGGUAACAAUUUCUGUAUAAUUGCAACUCUUUAGCUUCAAAUAAAAGAAUCAUAUUGAGCUAGACUAAUAAUAGUCACAUUUAGUGAAUGUUUAUUCUAUACAGUGCCUAGCACAUGAUAGGUAGUUAUUAUUUUUUUUUUUAAUGAAUGCCAGGUACUGUGCUGAAUACUUUAAAUGCCUUAUCAAAUUUAAUACUCGUGACAACUCUAUACUAGCAUUUCUCAUUUUGGCAGAAAAGAACACUGUGACACCGAGAAGUUUAGAAACUGCCCAGGACACACUGCCAGUAUUUGUGGGAGCCAGGAUGUGAAUCCAGUCAAGUCAUAUUUUGCUACCUUAUCAGCAAAAUGGAGGAUUUAUUUUAAGAGGGUUGUUACAGAACGAAGGGCAGAAAUUUAAGUGGAUUGCAGGAUGGGUUGGAAUCAGGAGUAGAAAACUGUUGGGAACCUAGGCGUAUUCUUCCUCUGAUUCUCCUCUGUUUUUCAGACUAGAUGUGGUAACUCUGAUGAGCAAAGAGAAAAUACUGGCAAAGUGACGCAAUAGAUCAUUUCACUGGUUCUAACUUUUUGACUCACUUUGGAAAAUCCCAGCACCGCCCUCACCUCCUUUGAUUGCCGUGGGCCAAGUUAUUCCAUUUCUUUGGGCCUCCAUGUCCUCAUCCAUAAAAUGAGAAGUUUUUACCAGAGGAUUUCUCAAGUCUUUUCCAGUUCUUAAAGUCUAUGAUCUUAAGUGAAACUCCUAGGACAGAGGUGCAGUAAUAAUGGAUUUGAACAUAAGGAUUUGGGUGAUAGAAUAAAGAAGAGUUCUAAUGAAAGAAGAGAAUAUGGUUUGAGUGAAGCCUUGGUGUUGAAUUACUCUUUAGAGCUGGUGUCAAGUGAAGGCCUUGGGGAUAUAUAAACGGCGGGCAGACAAGCCUUCUCACCCUGACCAGAUCAGAGAGAUGGAUCUCUCUGAUCUAAGAGCAGUGUCCCUUUCUCCCUCUCUCUUGUGCAUACACCUGUGUGUGUAAGGAGUAGCCCCCUUGUGUAGUAAUUUAACCUGGUUUCUUUCUUUCUUUUCUCACCUCAGAGUUUUCUAAGGGCUUUCACUUGGGCCACAGGAAGAAGGCCAGAGGACAAAUCCAAACCCUGGAGUGACCGAAUAAGCAAGUCACUCCUCUCUGGUUCUGUUUUCUUAUCCGUGGCAUGAGAGAUUUGCUCUAUGUGAUCUCUGAAGUCCUGCCCAACUCUUAACAUUUUGUGGCUCUGGGUACUGAAUCAAAAGCCCCUGUCUUCCCAAAUGCUCCAUCCUUGGACCAGACCUUUGUCUUCCUUCCUCUUCUCUGUAUCCACCUGACUGCUCAGAUCCUUUCUCCCGGCCCCCUUUCUUCCUCAAUUCCCUUGAAUUCUACUUGGGCCCUUUUUUCCCCCCUUAUAUUUCUGAUAUUAUUGUUUAUUUCAUGUUAUAUAUAUUUCUGCAGACCCUUCUAGAUUACAUUCCUGAUCUCCAGAACUGCUCCAUCUCUCUGUCUGCCUCCUCUUAUCUGCAUCCUGGCUCCUAACUGAAGCUAUAUCCUCGGGUUCCUCCCAGGGUCCCCUGGGAUCCCCUAUCACUGGUCCCUCUGAUCGGGCACUCCUUCUCUAAAGCCAAAGGAUCAUGUAGUCAGUGGCUCAGGUGACAAACCUGCUGUCAGGUUACAGAUAUUGUUUCCUGAAAGACCACACUACGGUGUCAGCGGAGCCUCGGGCUGCCUGUCAUGCCCUGUCCUCACCUGGCUCUCCCACACAAGGUAAGAAUAACCAGAACUCACCUCUAGUACUGGCACGCUUCUGGAAACAUGGCUCUGAGCCUCCGGCCCCUGCUGCUGCUAUCCUGUGCAGUGACUCUGGUCCCUCCUGGAUCUCAGUCCCUGGACUCAGGUCUCUCCCUCCUGAAGUCAGCGCUCUCUGCUCUGGACCAGGCUCCCCAGGGGUCCCUCAGCCGCUCACAGUUCUCUGCCUUCCUGGCCAACAUUUCUUCUUCCUUUGAGCCUGGGAGAAUGGGGGAGGGACCGGUGGGCGAGCCCCCACCUCUCCAGCCCCCUGCCCUCCGGCUGCAUGAUUUCUUAGUGACGCUGAGGGGCAGCCCAGACUGGGAGCCAAUGCUAGGGCUGCUAGGGGACGUGCUGGCCCUGCUGGGACAGGAGCAGACCCCCCGGGACUUCCUGGGGCACCAAGCAGGUGUGCUGAGUGGACUUGCCGAGGUGCUGCUGGGAGCCUUAGUUCCCGGGGGGCCCCCUACCCCGACCCGGCCCCCCUGCACCCGUGACGGGCCCUCUGACUGCGUUCUGGCGGCUGACUGGUUGCCUUCUCUGCUGCUGCUGUUAGAGGGCACGCGCUGGCAGGCCCUGGUGCGGGUGCAGCCCAGCGUGGACCCCGCCAACGCCACGGGCCUCGAUGGGAGGGAGCCAGCCCCCCACCUCUUGCAGGGUCUGCUGGGUUUGCUUGCCCCAGUGGGGGAGCUGGGCUCUGAGGAGGCUCUUUGGGGGGGUCUGCUGCGCACAGUGGGGGCCCCCCUUUAUGCUACCUUCCAGGAGGGGCUGCUGCGCAUCACUGACUCCCUGCAGGAUGAGGUCUUUUCCAUUCUGGGGCAGCCAGAGCCCGAUGCCAACGGGCAGUGCCAGGGAGGCAACCUUCAGCAGCUGCUCUUGUGGGGCAUCCGGCACAACCUCUCCUGGGAUGUCCGGGCACUGGGCUUUCUGUCUGGAGCACCACCCCCGCCCCCCGCCCUCCUCCACUGCCUGAGCACGGGGGUGCCUCUGCCUAGGACUUCCCAGCCCUCAGCCCACAUCAGCCCUCGCCAGCGGCGGGCCAUCUCUGUGGAGGCCCUCUGCGAGAACCUCUCAGGCCCAGCACCACCCUACAGCAUCUCCAACUUCUCCAUCCACUUGCUCUGCCAGCACGCCAAGCCUGUCACCCCGCGGCCCCCUCCCAGCACCGCUGCCGUCUGCCAGACAGCUGUGUGGUAUGCAGUCUCAUGGGCGCCAGGUGCCCAAGGCUGGCUCCAGGCCUGCCACGACCAGUUUCCUGAGCAGUUCCUAGACGCCAUCUGUGGCAACCUCUCCUUUUCCACCCUCUCGGGCCCCAACCGCCGCCUGGUAAAGCGGCUCUGUGCCGGCCUGCUCCCACCCCCCACCAGCUGCCCCGAAGGCCUGCCCCCUGUCCCCCUGACCCCAGAGAUCUUCUGGGGCUGCUUCUUGGAGAACGAGACUCUGUGGGCCGAGCGGCUCUGUGGGGAGGCGAGUCUGCAGGCCGUGCCCCCCAGCAACCAGGCUUGGGUGCAGCAUGUGUGCCAGGGCCCCACCCCGGAUGUCACGGCCUUCCCCCCUUGCUACAUCGGACCGUGUGGGGAACGCUGCCCAGAUGGGGGCAGCUUCCUGCUGAUGGUCUGUGCCAACGACACCAUGUACGAGGCCCUGGUGCCCUCCUGGCCUUGGCUAGCCGGCCAGUGCAGGAUAAGUCGCGGGGGCAAUGACACCUGCUUCCUGGAGGGGUUACUGGGCCCUCUUCUGCCCUCUCUGCCACCGCUGGGACCGUCCCCACUCUGCCUGGCCCCGGGCCCCUUCCUGCUUGGCAUGCUGUCCCAACUGCCACGCUGCCAGUCCUCUGUGCCAGCCCUUGCCCACCCCACACGCCUACACUAUCUCCUGCGCCUGCUGACCUUCCUCCUGGGGCCAGGGGCCGGAGGGAACGAGGCCCAGGGGAUGCUGGGUCAGGCCCUGAUGCUCUCCAGUCUCCCAGACAACUGCUCCUUCUGGGAUGCCUUCCGCCCAGAGGGCCGGCGCAGCGUGCUGCGGACGGUCGGGGAGUUCCUGGAACAGGAGGAGCAGCCAACCCUGGGCUUUGACACCCCUGACAGCCCCAGCCCCACUUUAAGCAAGAUGGAGCUGCUGGCCUGCUUCAGUCCCGUGCUGUGGGAUCUGCUGCAGAGAGAGAAGAGUGUGUGGGCCCUGCAGAUUCUAGUGCAGGCAUACCUGCACAUGCCACCGGAAAACCUCCAGCAGCUGGUGCUUUCAGCAGAGAGAGAGGCUGCUCAGGGCUUCCUGACGCUCAUGCACCGUUCCUGGGCCCAGCUGCAGGUGCCACCAUCUGAGGAGCAGGCCCUGGGUCGCCUGACAGCCUUGCUGCUGCAGCGGUACCCGCGCCUCACCUCCCAGCUCUUCAUUGACCUCUCACCACUCAUCCCCUUCUUGGCCGUCUCCGACCUGAUGCGCUUCCCACCAUCCCUGUUGGCCAAUGACAGUGUCCUGGCCGCCAUCCGGGAUUACAGCCCUGGAAUGAGACCUGAACAGAAGGAGGCUCUGGCAAGGCGACUGCUGGCCCCUGAGCUGUUUGGGGAAGUGCCCGCCUGGCCCCAGGAACUGCUCUGGGCAGCGCUUCCCCUGCUCCCCCAUCUCCCUCUGGAGAAAUUUCUGCAGCUCAGUCCUCACCAGAUCCAGGCCCUGGAGGACAGCUGGCCAGCGGCAGGUCUUGGGCCAGGACAUGCCCGACAUGUGCUACGCAGCCUGGUGAACCAGAGUGUCAAGGAUGGAGAGGAGCAGGUGCGCAGGCUGGGGCCCCUCGCCUGCUUCCUGACCCCCGAGGAGCUGCAGAGCCUGGUACCCCUGGAUGAUCCCAUGGGGCCAGUAGAACGGGGACUGCUGGAAUGUGCGGCCAACGGGACCCUCAGCCCACAAGGACGGGUAGCCUAUGAACUUCUGGGGGUGCUGCGCUCAUCCGGAGGAGCGGUGCUGAGCCCCCGGGAGCUCCGGGUCUGGGCUCCUCUCUUCCCUCAACUGGGCCUCCGCUUCCUGCAGGAGCUGUCAGAGCCGCAGCUGAGGGCCAUGCUUCCCGCCCUGCGAGGAACCAGGGUCACCCCUGCCCAGGCUGUCCUGCUGCUUGGACGGCUCCUCCCGAGGCGUGAUCUGUCCUUGGAGGAACUCUGCUCCUUGCACCCUCUGCUUCCAGGCCUCAGCUCCCAGACGCUCCAGGCCAUCCCAAGGCGAGUCCUGCUGAGGGCCUGUCCCUGCCUGGCCCCUGAACUGGCUCGCCUCUCAGCCUGCCAGACCGCGGCACUGCUGCAGACCUUCCGGGUGAAAGAUGGUGUUAAAAAUACUGGCGCAGCAGGAGCCGGUGCAGCUGUGUGCAUCCCCGGACAGCCCAUCCCCACCAUCUGGCCAGACUGCCUGCUGCCCCUGCUCCCGCUAAAGCUGCUGCAGCUGGACUCUGCUGCUAUGCUGGCAGACCGAAGGCGCUAUCGGGAGCUGCCCUGGUCUGAGCAGCAGGCACAGUUUCUCUGGAAGAAGAUGCAAGUGCCCACUAACCUGACUCUCAGGAAUCUGCAGGCUCUGGGUACGCUGGCAGGGGGCAUGUCCUGUGAGUUUCUGCAGCAGAUCAGCUCGAUGGCAGACUUCCUUGAAGUGGUACACAUGAUCUAUCAACUGCCCACUGGGGUCCGAGGGAGCCUGAGGACCUGUAUCUGGGCAGAACUACAGCGGAGGAUGGCAAUGCCAGAGCCAGAACAGGCAACCCUGGGGCCAGAGCUGAGUGGGCUGGACACCAAGCUCCUCCUGGACUUACCAGUCCAGCUGAUGGAUAGAUUGUCCAAUGAAUCCAUCAUGUUAGUGGUGGAACUGAUACGAGGUGCUCCAGAGCAGCUGCUGGUCCUGACCCCACUCCACCGGGCAGCCCUGGCAGAACGGGCACUCAAAAACCUGGCCCCAAAGGAGACAACAGUGUCAAGGGAAGUGCUGGAGACCUUGGGGCCCCUGGUUGGAUUCCUGGGCAUAGAGAGCACACGGCGGAUCCCCCUGCAGAUCCUGCUGGCCCACCUCAGUCAGCUGCAAGGCUUCUGCCUCGGAGGACCGUUUGCCACAGAGCUGGGAUGGCUGCUGCUGCAGGAGCCUGUUCUUGGGAAACCAGAGUUAUGGAGCCAGGAUGAAGUCGAGCAAGCAGGACGCCUAGUAUUCACUCUGUCUCCCGAGGCUAUUUCCUUGAUCCCCAGGGAGGCCUUGGGCCCGGAGACCCUGGAGCGAGUCCUCGAGAAGCAGCAGAGCUGGGAGCAGAGCAGAGCUGGACAGCUGUGUGCGGGGCCACAGCUCGCUCCCAAGAAAGCAGCGCUGGUAGCUGGGCUUGUGCGGCCUGCUGCGGAGAACCUCCCGGAACCUGUGCCAAACUGUGCAGAUGUACGAGGGACAUUCCCAUCAGCCUGGUCUGCAACCCAGAUCGCAGAGAUGGAGCUCUUGGACUUUGAGGACUGCCUCACACUAUUUGCAGGAGACCCAGGACUUGGGCCUAAGGAACUCCGGGCAGCAAUGGGCAAGGCAAAACAGUUGUGGGGUCCCCCCCGGGGAUUUCGUCCUGAGCAGAUCCUGCAGCUGGGUCGGCUUUUAAUAGGUCUAGGAGAGCGGGAACUCCAGGAGCUGAGCCUGGUGGACUGGGGCGUGCUGAGCACCCUGGGGCAGAUAGAUGGCUGGAGCUCCAGCCAGCUCCGGGUGGUGGUCUCCAGCUUCCUGCGGCAGAGUGGUCGACACGUGAGCCGCCUGGAUUUCCUCCACCUGACUGCACUGGGCUACGCACUCUGUGGACUUCGGCCUGAGGAGCUACAGCACAUCAACAGCUGGGAGUUUAGCCAAGCAGCUCUCUUCCUGGGCAACCUGCAUCUCCCAUGUUCUGAAGAGCAACUGGAGGUUCUGGCCCAGCUCCUGGUGCUGCCUGGUGGCUUUGGCCCAGUCAGUAACUGGGGGCCCGAGAUCUUCACUGAAAUUGGCACAAUAGCAGCUGGAAUCCCAGACCUGGCUCUCUCUGCACUGCUGCGAGGACAGAUCCAGGGCCUUACCCCUCUGGCCAUUUCUGUCAUCCCUGCUCCUAAAUUUGCUGUGGUGUUCAGCCCCACCCAGCUAUCUAGUCUCACCAGUGUUCAGGCCGUGGCUGUCACUCCCGAGCAAAUGGCCUUUCUGAGUCCUGAGCAGCGACGAGCAGUUGCAUGGGCACAGUAUGAGGGGAUGGAGAGCCUGGAGCAGGAAGGUCGAAGCACAGCCUGGCAUCUCCAGGACUGGUCACAACCCUCCUGGGCCCUGGCAUUGACCACCUGCUUCCUUGGCAAUCUGCUAUGAGCCUGUCUCUGCAGUUAAAGAGAUUUGUUGGGAAAGACAUUUGAAGUAAAACGAAUAAAGUG